ACCCAGACACACACAAACAGUCGAACAAUGGCGACGGAAGUAGCAGCCACCCCGCCGCCGCCGGUAUCCGACGUGGAGGAAAGCACCGCCGCGGCGGCCCCCGAGACCAAGACCACCGGGCCCCACAAGCUCGAGAGAAAGUGGACCUUCUGGUUCGACAACCAAUCUAAGCCAAAGCAGAGCGGCGCUGCUUGGGGCUCUUCGCUCAAGAAAGCCUACACCUUUGAAACCAUCCAGGAGUUCUGGUGUUUGUAUGAUCAGAUAUUCAAGCCGAGCAAGUUUCCAGCGAAUGCGGAGUUCCACAUGUUCAGGGCUGGGGUUGAACCGAAAUGGGAGGAUCCUGAAUGUGCUAAUGGAGGAAAGUGGACUGUCACCAGCAGCAGGAAGGCCAACCUUGAUACCAUGUGGCUAGAAACUUUGAUGGCACUGAUUGGAGAGCAAUUUGAUGAGGGUGAUGAGAUUUGUGGAGUGGUAGCAAGUGUGCGCACAAGGCAAGACAAACUUGCAUUGUGGACUAGGAAUGCUGCAAAUGAGGCUGCCCAGAUGAGCAUCGGGAGGAAGUGGAAGGAGAUUAUCGAUGUCACUGAUAAGAUCAAUUACAACUUCCAUGAUGAUAGUAAAAAGGAAAGGUCAGCGAAACAUCGAUACAAUGUGUGAUCAUUUUUUUCACUUGUUUUGUGGAAUGGGCCGGUGCUCUCUGUUACCAAGCUUGUCGACCCUGGCACAAUAUUUCUGCAGGCUGCUCAUUUACUGAGAAAAGCUAGAGGAUACAUCUCACAAUUUUCUCUUUUUGAUCUCUUAAUGUAAUAUCAUUUUGUUCUCCUCCAUGCUGCGUUGUUUUGACCAAGUUUGUUUGUAAUGCAUUUGUGAUUUUAUUUAGUUUGAAAAUCAGAUUCUUCAAAUUCAUGUGGCUAUUUCAAGAUAUUAUAGAUGGAUGAAUAUCGUCACUGUGCGGACAAUGAGCCAUUUUAUAUUUUCAUUCCUUGAACCUUUGAA